UGCGUAGAUGUUCUGUUGUAUGUUGCCCAAACUGAUAGGAGCGCAUCGCCAACUUCACGAAACUCAAACUAGUAUAAUCAUUGACUUGUUUGAUCGAUCGCAUCAGUAAACCGCUCCAAUGGACCUGGACAGCGGAACAUAUGAACCCGGGUUUGUCGGGAUCCGGUUCUGUCAGGAAUGUAACAACAUGUUGUAUCCGAAAGAAGACAAGGAGAACCGCAUCCUCCUUUAUGCCUGUAGAAACUGUGACUACCAACAAGAGGCAGACAACAGCUGCAUAUAUGUCAACAAGAUCACUCAUGAAGUAGAUGAGCUGACUCAGAUCAUAGCUGAUGUAUCCCAGGAUCCCACGUUACCCAGAACAGAGGAUCAUCCCUGUCCCAAAUGUGGCCACAAGGAGGCAGUGUUUUUCCAGUCCCACAGUAUGAAAGCUGAGGAUGCGAUGAGGCUGUACUACGUUUGCACUGCUCCUCACUGUGGACACCGGUGGACCGAGUAGAGGACGUGUUGGUUAUGAUGUCUGCCUUCCGCACCCAGGCCCCCUGGCUUCUGCAGCAUAGAAGCCUCUAGAAGUCUCUAGAAGCUAUGGGACCGAUUUCUGAGCUACGUAGGAUGCCUAACCUCCAUGUUUGAACGUGGCAGUUAGUCUGUUGUUGGGACUCCAUACAACCGAUCGUGGGCAACCAGAGCAGCAUCAACCUUUAUGUCGUAAGUUGUUUCAGGCGUCGCAUUGUAAACGCAAUAAUUUAACAGUUUUAAACUUUUUUUUUUCUUUUGUAAUAUUAGGUUGUGAUAAUAAAAAAGAUACCACAUUUUUCAAGAAACUA